ACAUGCUGCUGUCCCGGCCCUAUCAGGGGCGUCUCCAUCCUGCUGCUGCCGCCACCGUUGGCUUAGAGGACACAUCAUCUCCCCUUGAGGUCCUGCAUCCCUCCUCAGCUCCGUCCUCUCUCCUUUCUACCAGCACUUUCUCAAUUUUUCGUCCAGCCCUGCCCUAGGAAGACUCACCAUGGCGGUCGAGAGGAUCCAUGCCCGUGAGAUCCUGGACUCCCGUGGGAACCCCACCGUUGAGGUGGACCUCUACACACACAAAGGCAUGUUUCGAGCAGCCGUCCCCAGUGGAGCGUCCACUGGUAUCUACGAAGCGCUGGAGCUGCGAGACAAUGACAAGUCACGUUUCCUUGGAAAAGGGGUCCUGCAGGCCGUGGAUCAUAUCAACAGCACUGUCGCCCCAGCUCUCGUGGGCUCUGGCCUCUCUGUUGUGGAUCAAGAGAAGAUAGACAAUCUGAUGCUUGAGAUGGACGGCACAGAGAACAAAUCCAAGUUUGGUGCCAAUGCUAUCCUGGGAGUUUCUCUGGCCGUGUGCAAGGCGGGAGCUGCAGAGAAGGAUGUGCCCCUGUACCGGCACAUCGCUGACCUGGCCGGCAACUCCGACCUCAUCCUGCCUGUGCCAGCUUUCAAUGUGAUCAAUGGAGGUUCCCACGCAGGCAACAAACUGGCCAUGCAGGAGUUCAUGAUCCUGCCCGUGGGAGCCGAAAGCUUCCGCGAUGCCAUGCGCAUCGGGGCUGAGGUCUAUCACAACCUCAAGAGCGUCAUCAAGGAGAAGUAUGGCAAAGAUGCUACCAAUGUGGGUGAUGAGGGAGGCUUUGCUCCCAACAUCCUGGAAAAUAGCGAAGCUCUGGAGCUGCUCAAGGAAGCCAUUGACAAGGCGGGCUACACAGACAAGAUCGUCAUCGGCAUGGAUGUGGCAGCCUCCGAGUUCUACCGGGAUGGCAAAUACGACCUGGACUUCAAGUCCCCAGAUGACCCAAGCCGCUAUAUCUCUGGAGAUGAGCUGGGAGACCUCUACCAAAGCUUUGUGCGGGAUUACCCAGUGGUCUCCAUUGAGGAUCCCUUUGACCAGGAUGACUGGGAGGCCUGGUCUAAGUUCACUGCCAAUGUGGGGAUUCAGAUAGUGGGAGAUGACCUGACAGUGACAAACCCUAAGCGCAUCGAGCGGGCUGUUGAAGAGAAAGCCUGCAACUGCCUCCUGCUCAAAGUCAACCAGAUUGGAUCUGUCACAGAGGCCAUCCAAGCCUGCAAGUUGGCCCAGGAGAAUGGAUGGGGUGUGAUGGUGAGCCACCGGUCUGGGGAGACCGAAGACACCUUCAUUGCUGAUCUGGUUGUAGGGCUGUGCACUGGGCAGAUAAAGACGGGUGCACCCUGCAGGUCUGAACGCCUGGCUAAGUACAACCAGCUCAUGAGGAUUGAGGAAGAGCUUGGCGAUGAAGCACGCUUCGCCGGACACAACUUCCGCAACCCAAGUGUUCUUUGAACAUCGUCCCCAGGGCACAGCCACCCUGCUGCUCUUUCCCACCUCACAGACUCUGAACCCCCCUUUCCCUCCACUGCUCCCUUUUUUGCUCUUUCUCCCCACUCUGUCACCUCGAAACCCCUUGAGUUCAGGUGUCCCUGGCUAACUGUACCCAGGCGAAGGAUGAGAGAGCGGCCCACACCCUGUCCCUUGCUGUGGGCUCAUAAGCAUUCCUGGACCUAGGCAUUGUGUGUCUCUGUUGUUUGUGCAGGGCCUCACCUGGGCCGCUCUGCUCCAUGCAAGACUACGGGAGCGGGUGCCCAGCGUGUCCCUGGUGCUGAAGCAUGUGCAGUGACCAUCCGUGUGCUCGGACACUGCGGCCGCGUCCAGCCGGGCGCUGCCAGUGCUCGCUCUCGUUGUGCUUGUGUGUGGGUGUGUGCCUGUGUCCUACAGCGUCCCUGUGCCCCGAGCGUGUGUCUGCACUGAGCCCUGCCAGUGUCGUGUUGGGCUGUGCUGUGUUGGGCUGUGCUUGCCAGCAGCUUGGUGUUGAGGUGCACUGCUGUCCCACCCUGGGUGUGUGUGCUGUCAGUCUGUGGCACUGCUGUCCCACCCUGGUGUGUGUGUGUGUGUGUGUGUGUGGUCAGUCUGUUCACUGCUGUCCCACCCUGGUGUGUGUGUGUGUGUGUGUGUGUGUGUGUGUGUGUGUGUGCUGUCAGUCUGUGCACUGCUGUCCCACCCUGGUGUGUGUGUGUGUGUGUGUGCUGUCAGUGUCUGGCUCAGCACACAGAACUGUGGGGCAAUAGAUUAAAGCACAUCCGUAAACAAAGCCACGCUCUCAUCUGCUUCUUGUGACUUCUCUCUCUCUGUUCCCUUCCCCUCCUGCACUCCUUCACCCUCCCCUCUGCCCAUGAUGUCUGCUUCACCUUCUGGACAGCCCCUGCUCAGCUGACCAACAGACAAACUACAGAUCCCUAAACUCUAUUAAAAUGUGUUUCACACCUGA